AGGGUUUAUACAAUGGAUGAGGAUGGAGGUGCAAGCUCGGAUAUCAUGUGUUUCACGCCGCUCGGAUCCGGCCAGGAAGUUGGCAGAUCUUGUCACCUGCUUCACUUCAAGGGAAAGAAGAUUUUGCUAGACUGCGGCGUUCAUCCUGGUAUGCAUGGUGUAGAUGCCCUUCCAUUUGUGGACUUCAUAGAUAUCGAGGAGAUUGACUUGCUGUUGAUCACCCAUUUCCACCUCGACCACUGCGGCGCCUUGCCCUGGCUUUUGGAGAAAACUGGCUUUCAGGGGAAAUGCUUCAUGACGCAUGCAACCAAAGCCAUCUACAGAAUGCUCCUUGGAGACUAUAUAAAGGUGGCAAAAUAUGGAGGUGGAAGUGACCGUAGUAUGCUAUACACAGAAGAAGAUCUAGAGAGAAGUAUGGAGAAAAUUGAGGUAAUCGACUUUCACGAGCAGAAAGAGGUUAACGGUAUUAGGUUCUGGCCAUAUGUUGCUGGGCAUGUCCUCGGUGCAUGCAUGUUUAUGAUCGAAAUAGCAGGAGUUAGAGCUCUCUACACUGGAGAUUUCUCAAGAUUAGAAGAUCGACAUCUUUGUGCGGCUGAGAUGCCAACCAUCACACCUGACGUCCUCAUAUCGGAAUCCACUUACGGGACCCAGAUUCACGAGGAACGCGAAGAACGUGAGAAGCGAUUCACCCAAAUGGUCCACGAUAUAGUCGGUAGAGGAGGGCGUUGUUUGAUUCCUGCUUUCGCUUUGGGAAGAGCUCAAGAACUGCUUCUCAUCCUUGAUGAAUAUUGGGACGCACAUCCGGAGCUAUACGAUAUUCCGGUAUACUAUGCAUCCUCCCUUGCAAAGAAAUGUAUGGCUGUGUAUCAAACCUUUGUCAGUGGUAUGAAUCAACGCAUACAGAAGCAAAUAGCAGUUAGCAAUCCUUUUGUUUUCAAGCAUGUUAGCAACUUGAAGGGGAUGGAGCAUUUUGAAGAUUCGGGCCCUUGCGUAGUUCUAGCUAGUCCUGGUAUGCUUCAAAAUGGUCUCAGUCGCGAACUUUUCGAGAAAUGGUGCACAGAUGCAAAAAAUGCUUGCAUUGUGGCUGGCUACUGUGUUGAGGGGACCCCUGCCAAGCAUAUCCUCUCCGAACCUGAAGAAUUUGUAGCGAUGAAUGGCGACCGUCUACCUAUGAGAUUACAGGUUGGCUACAUCUCAUUUUCUGCUCACACAGAUUUUCAACAAACACUUGCAUUUGUCAAGCAGCUCAAACCUCCACACAUGAUUCUCGUUCAUGGUGAAAUGCACGAAAUGAGUAGGCUAAAAGCAGGAAUCCUCAGAAGUUUUGAAGAGGAGAACAUGUCGAUAGAGAUUCACAAUCCUCGCAACACAGACACAGUUCGGUUGCAGUUCCAGGGUGUAAGAAAGGCCAAGGUGGUCGGUUCAUUAGCAAUAAAAUCCAACAAGGUUGGCGACGUGGUCAGUGGAAUUUUGAUCAAGCGGAAUUUCAAUUAUCAAAUUGUUGAUCCUAAAGAUCUCACAGUGUUUACGGAUCUAUCAUCGUCUCGUCUUUCUCAACGGCAGUCCGUUUACUAUUCUGGAAGCUUGCCGCUGCUUUUGUACAGCUUGAAUCAACUAAAUGAUGACGCUAUGUUGACAGCAGAAAUGAAACCCACGGAUACUACCACAGCUACUCAUGUCUUUUCUGUUUUCGGACGAGCCAUACAAUUGCAAUGGUGCUCUUUGGCGUCAAUAUGUGUCCUCGACUGGGAAUCAAACCCUGUGAACGACAUGUAUGCCGACGCAGUACUGGCUGCAAUUUUGCAUGCUCAAGCGAACCCCAUUCCAGAAAAGUACCUGCCGAAACCUGAAACUUAUCCGAAAAUCGAACAGGCGCUCCUGACUGCUGUCAAAGAGGUUUGUGGUGAAGAAGCCGUAGCUUUGGAUCCAGAAGAUGAAACCACGAUAAAGGUGGAGGUGGAUGACAAAGUUGCAAAAAUUUCUGGUGGAGGAGCGAAGGUGGAUUGUGAAGACCCGCUGUUACGUCAUCUUCUCACGACUAUAAGUGGGAAAUUGGGACGAUGCAUUGCUCCUGAGAGACCUGCCACUGAAGAAACUAUGGAACAAUAGUAUUUUUUGUUGGUAAAUCAUAUGCUGACUUUUUGUCACGAGUGGUCUUUUCGAUACAAAUUUGCUUUAACCUGGAUUGUUAAGCUUUUCACUAGUAGUUGCAUCGAAUCUGUGUAUAGAUUUUUUUUUCGUUACCGAUGACGUCAUUUUACGGAAAAAUAUUAUUUGUUGUGGAAGCGUUGUUGCUGAAUUUGCUGGCUCUCCAGCAUCUGGAAAUCUGGUAAGGGUAACUAUGCAGAUUUUAUUUACCCGUGUUUUCUAUUUCGAGUCACUGAUCGUUCGAGUAAUUUGAUGAGGCUAUAGCACCUAGCAUGAGUUUUAUUCAUG